AGCGUUUUUUAAAACUGUGACCUCAAAGCGUUGCAUUCGUCCCUUUUGCUAUGCAUGUUCCAUAAAUAAUUACAUAAUAAGUUGUAAAAUUAUUAUGAUUACAUUAAACGUAGUUGACAAUUCAAAGUUCAAUAACAUGAUUCCUUGGCAGUGAAGCUAGAGUAGAAUCACUAAAUUUCGUCAUCAUUUAUUCUCAUAACAAAAUAUUGUAACAUUUGGGUAAUGUUCCCUAAUUAAUACUAAAGUGCUACCUUAGUUAUUAUAUUUAAAUACCCAAUUCUUUAAUUAAUUGAAAUUAUGGCGCAUUUUUCAAAAUUUUUUGCAUUUUUUCGUAAAUAUCCCAUAGUCAGAGGUAUGGCGUCUUAUGCAACAUUGUGGCCAAUUUCUUGUGUUAUACAACAAAAAAUAGCUGGAAGAUCGUGGGAUAAUUUAGACUGGAAUCAAGUUUUACGAUUCAGUUUGUAUGGUGGGUUGUUUACAGCCCCUACAUUGUAUGGCUGGGUUAGAAUUUCAACAAUUAUUUGGCCGAGCACAAAUUUAAAAACCGCACUAACCAAGGCAGUGGUUGAACAAAUAACUUAUGGCCCAGCAGCACUGAUUUGCUUUUUCUUUGGAAUGUCUUUGUUACAAUUUAAAAGCAUUGAGGAAGCCAAAGAGGAAGUAAGAAAUAAAUUUCUCCCUACAUGGAAGGUGGGAUUUUUUGUAUGGCCUGUAUUUCAGACAAUAAAUUUCAUGUUCAUACCUGAACGUAACAGGGUGCCCUAUGUUAGUAUGUGUAGUUUAGUUUGGUGUAUAUUUCUUUCAUAUGUUGAACAACUUCAAGCUAAAAAGCAUUAUGUUGUUCACGAUCUACUUUCGAGAGAAGUAAAUUGAUAAUAUCGAAAUUUAGGCAAUUAUACCGAUUAUUUAUAUAUAAUUAGUACGAUAUUACAAUUGCGCUGGCUAUUGUAAUUCUUAUGAAUUGUAAUUAAUUACAAUGAUUGUGAGUCUUUUGUGAUAUAAUAUGUGUUAGGUAUCUAAGUGAUAGCUGCUUUACUAUAAUUUAUUUUAUUAGUCAAAAUUUUUUAAAAAUUUGAGAAUACAGAGUAGUACAAAUUUGAUUUUGAAUAUUAAGCACAACAGCUGAGUAGAAGAAGUUUUUAUAUAUAUAUUUAAAUUCUAAUACGAAAAAUAAAAUGUAAUAUUGUUUGAAAAAGUUUGUAACGUUGUUAUACAGCUGCACACAUUCACACUUAGCUAGUUUGGGGGUUGCAUAUAUUUCAUUCAGGUUCCUUUUAAUGAAUUUUAAAUGUGUAGAAUGGACUAAUAGAUUAUUCAUAAUUAAUAUAUCUUCUUCGCUAAAUUAAUAACAAUUUGGUAAUUGUUAAACAAAGAAGUAUUACUAAUUUUAUUAACAACUGCAUGGAUAAUAAACUUGAGCUUAGUUAAAUUCGAUAUUUAGUAUUGUUUGUGAAGUGACGGACAUGAUGUAUUAAUUAUUAAUUAAAAUUCCUUUUAUGUCCGUUACAUUCCAAUUUAAAAUGUUUAUCAAUGUUACAGAAGAAUAAUCGAAUUAUUUUAUUAUUGUUAACUAAAAAAAUCUUCCUUUUAUUUCGAAUCCCUUCUUUCUAUAUACAUGCGCAUGUUCC